ACCAUUGCAGCCAAACAUGGCAAGGGGAACAUUCUGAAAAAGAAUGUCCUCCCACUCCAGGAAUGAAACACCUUAGGCCUCUCAGAUGAAGCUGAGUAAACUAGGAUUUGGGGGCCAGAAGAAGCAGGAAAGGCAAAGAGAGGGGAAUUCCUGUGACUUGGAAAUACCCGGCAGGCUCAGGGUUGCAAUGAGGACACUACCUCAACUGUCUCUUCUGCUGCUUCUCCUAAGGGUAGUGUUCCAGCAGGAGGGACCAUCUCGAUCUCAUUCUCUUCGAUUUCUCUUCAUGGGGGCAUCACAUCCUGACUCUGGACUCCCUUCGUUUGUAGCCCUUGGCUAUGUGGAUGAGCACUUAUUUGUGUACUAUGAUCAUGAAAGCAGAAAGGCAAAACCCCGGGGCCCAUGGUUUCAGAAAGAAGAAAUAGAUAAGUUUUGGAUGAGACUUACACAAAGCCUGAAGGGAUGGGAUCACAUGUUCAUUGUCGAUCUUUGGACCAUAAUGGACAAUCACAACCAAGGUCAGGGGUCUCACAUACUACAGAUAAUCCUUGGCUGUGAGCUCCUGGUGGAAGAAAACAGAACCAGAAGUUUCUGGAAAUAUGGUUAUGAUGGUCAAGACUAUAUCAUCUUCCAUCCAGAGACAAUGAACUGGACAGCAGUUCAGCCUGAAGCCCAGGCCACAAAGAAGGAAUGGGAGAUGAUCAAGAUCCGAGCAAAGCAACAUAGAGCCUACCUAGAAAGGGACUGCCCUGAGCAGCUACAGAGAUUCUUAGAAACUGGAAGUGAAAUCCUGAAUAAGAAAGUGCCCCCAUUGGUGAAAGUGACCAGACACAUCAAUCAUGAAGGUGUUAUCACUCUGAGAUGCCAAGCUCACAACUUCUCCCCAGUGAACAUCAAACUGAGCUGGUUAUGGGAUGGGAAGCAACUGAACCAAGGAAUUGAACUUGGGGACAUCCAACCCAGUGGGGAUGGAACCUUCCAGAUCUGGAUAGCUGUGGAUGUUCCCCCAGGAGAAGAACAGAGAUAUGCCUGCCAAGUAGAGCACCCAGGACUAGACCAGCCCCUUAUUAUGACCUGGGAGUAUUGUCCACUGUCUGUCACCCUGGCUAUUGGGAUCACCAUUGGGAUCAUUGUUAGCAUUAUCAUUACCACUGUAGGAGUCAUCUUCUGGAAGAAGAGGAAGGUGUGUCAAGAGGACUAAUCAAGAACUAUAUCCUAGCUAAAGUAAACUGACCCAGCUAGAGGAGAAAUAGUAAGAGUCAGACAUUCUGCUGAUCCUCAGUUGCCAGUUUUCCUUCUAUAUUCCCAGUGGAAAGAGUCCUGGAAGGUGACAUCCAUGCUAUGCACCCAUCACCACCAUCUUUUCACCUUCUACACUACCUGUGGACAUCAAAGGCUCUAGACUGAGUGUCAGACUCUCUUCUGAACAAUAUUAGACUUCAUAUUAUCCCUCAAUGGUAGGUAUCUGAAGAUACAAUUAGGAUGCUGAUUAAGGUUAAACCUGAAGACUGAAGUUAUUAUGAUAAAGAGAUUAACAGAGUCUUUUUCACAGGGUUUCUGAACCUUGAUAAGAGUUGCUAUAGUGUUCAGUCACAAACAUUAAGUUCCUGGGGAAUUUAUUCAAUGGCAAAAGAGAAUGCUCAUUAAUCAACCUUCAUAAAUGACUCCCAGUUAUUUCUACUAUUCAUUUAGAUUUCUUUCCCUCAGGCACUCUCUAUUCCAGUCAAAUUGGCCAGCUAACAAAAUUUUUAAAAAGAGGGGAAGAGGGGCAGCUAGGUGGCACAGUGGAUAGAGCACCGGCCCUGGAGUCAGGAGGACUUGAGUUCAAAUCCGGCCUCAGACACUUAACACUUACUAGCUGUGUGACCCUGGGCAAGUCACUAAACCCCAAUUGCCUCGCAAAAAAAAAAAAAAAAAGAGGGCAAAUUGGACAGCUAAAUGUACAUAGCAUCAUAUUUGCUUUUACAAAGGUUGUGCCCCCAUAUCUAGAAAGCACUCCCUCAUCCCUUCUGCAUCAAACAAGUCCCUAACAUCAAACAAAGCACAGUUCAGAUGCCACCUCAUAUAUAAAACCCUUUCCUGAUUUGCCUAAUUGUAUAAUAUUCUCUCCCUCUUGAGAUGAUUUUGUAUAUGCUUUGCAUUUAUUUAUGUGUAUAUAUCUUCUAUACAUCUAGUAGAAUGUAAACUCCUUGAGGGCAGACUGUAUUUUGGUUUUGUCUUUGUAUAGUGCCUUGCACACAGCAGCCACUUAAUGUUUGUUGAAGUUCAGUUAACCCAUACUGGUCAUUUGCAAUGGACAUUUCCUCUUUGUGAUUAAGUUUAUGUGGAAGCCUAAAAUUUUUAUAUGAAGGUUGUAUAGUGGACAUAUAAUUAGGAAAAAAUUAACUGUUUGCACUUUCAAAUGUUAGUAACUUGAAUUGUUCUCUGGUCUUUAACAUCAUAUCAUUAGACAAACCUAAAAAAAUAAAAUAGAGAAACCUACAAAUUCUUACUAUUAAA